ACUAGACACCCCAUAAUCCUCCCUGACCCCUGUUUCAAUCCCUGCCUCAUCCCAGUGUUUGGACCAGUUGACCAUCGCUGUCCCUGACUUCAGCCUCACUCUCGCCUCAUAUCAGCCGAGGUAAACACUUUAGAGGACAGCUCUGCUUUUUGGGGAAGAAGAGGGAACAUUUUCUCUGCAUAUUCUUGCUCAAUUAAAAUAAAGAAAAGCGAAACAAAAUGUCCUCCAGUGAGCGGUUUGACUGCCAUUACUGCAAAGACUCUUUGUUGGGGAAGAAGUACAUCAUGAAAGAGGACACGCAGUAUUGUACAAAGUGCUAUGAGAACCUAUUUGCUAACUGCUGUGAAGUGUGCUCUUCACCUAUUGGCUGCAACUUCAGGGACCUGUCCUAUAAGGAUCACCACUGGCACGAGCAGUGCUUCAAGUGUGCAAAGUGCAGCCGCUCACUGGUAGAGAAGGCCUUUGCAGCCAAGGAGGAUUUAUUGCUUUGCACUGAAUGUUAUGCACAUGAUUACUCGUCCAAGUGCAGCACCUGCAAGAAGACCAUCAUGCCAGGUUCCCGAAAAAUGGAGUACAAGGGGAACAGCUGGCAUGAGACUUGCUUCCUGUGUCACCGCUGCCAACAGCCAAUAGGAACCAAGUCUUUCAUCCCCAAAGACUCUGGCUACUUUUGUGUGCCCUGCUUUGAAAAGCAAUUUGCAUACCAGUGCUGUGCUUGUAAGAAGGCCAUCACCACCGGUGGUGUGACCUAUCAAGAUAAGCCGUGGCAUCGUGAGUGCUUCCUCUGCAUCGGCUGCAGAAAGCAGCUUUCAGGGUAUCGCUUCACUUCCAGGGAAAAUUACCCCUACUGCCUGGAGUGUUUCAGCAACCUGUAUGCAAAGAAGUGUGUUGGUUGCACCAAACCCAUUUCUAGUUUGGCAGGUGCCAAAUAUAUCUCAUUUGAGGAGCGUCAGUGGCACAGCGAGUGUUUCACCUGCAUGCAGUGCUCUGUGUCACUGGUGGGACGCGGCUUCCUCACCCAGCGGGACGACAUUUUGUGCACCGACUGCGGCAGGGAGAAAUGACCUGUGCAUGACAAGUUCACCCACAAUGCAACGACUUAUGUUCUGUUUUGUUAAUAUGCUGGGUACGUUAAUCGGUGUUAGCUUGGAUGGUGCUGUUACCGCAUAAAGUGAUCAACAUUUUCUCAUUUUGCUUUAAUGUAGUGUCCUUUUGUGGAAGUCUUCAUAAUGGCAUUCAUAUCAAUGCUAUUGUGACAUUUGGUGCUUAUACAAACUUCUCAGUUUCCUAUAUACAUGUACAAUCAUGGUGCUUUAUGCAAAGAUACUUAUUCAUUUUGACAACAGUGAAAUAAUGAUUGUUUUUAAACCGCAGAACAAAAAUAUGUGAGAAAAAAACUAAAUUACGUGGUGCUUUAAAAAAAAAACCAACACUAUCUGCAGCCUUGCAUGACCCUUGCACAUUAAUGCAUGCAAAUAUACUCGCAAAGAAUCACAACAUAACAUACAAGUUUGCUCAAUAUAUAAGACGUUGCUGCGAUAAAGUUUUCUAAUGCCUGUUGUUUCUCAUUUUGACAUUUCAAGAGGAGAUUAUCAAUUUGAUUUAGACGCACACACUGACUGAAUGGACAGGCAUUGUUAAUUAGCUAUGCUAAAGUGUUCAGUAUUUGAUAAUGCCACACACAUAUUCAAUUAAACUAAAAAACUACAGUACAUUUAAUGAAAUAAAACUACUAAAGUUUGGUGCAAGUCAAGAAAACUCAAAUAUACAUUCAAAAUGUAUAUUUACAGAUCAAAAAAGCACAAAUAGAUGCUUGAGUUUCAGCCAAAGGACAGCUCCACAUUUCAACCAUCUGCUCGUCCUGACAGACUGAUGCAUCUCAGCCAUCAGUUUUUUCUCCUCUGUGCUUCUUUAUGCUCUGAAAAAGGUCUGUGUUUAUGCAUUGGUUGAAUAAAAGGUGUUCCUUGAUCUUAA